AAAAUAUGAAUGUGUUCUUGCUUUCUUAAAUUUUGUACUAAACACAUAACAUGAUCUCAUAUGUUGAUUGACACGUGUCCACAUACACAAACCCUCGGCUUCAAAUCCACAACCCUUUCUUCAUUUCUACGGUGUUCAGCCGCCUCUUCGCUGUUACACUUGUCACUAUAAAUAAAAAGAUCAAAGCUUUCUCACUUCUCAAAACUCUCUCUCUCUCCCUCAGAAAUAAUAGGAGAUGCUACAUCCUUCUAUGCUGAUUCAUUUUAGCUCUCAAAUCAGCCUCCACAAAAGCAAUUUACACAUAUAUAAUUACUAGUAUUAGAUAUAGGUAUACGUUGUAACUUUUUAUGUGCAGCGUUUAUUGAUCUGAUUGAGAACUCCAGCAGUUAGUACUACUAGGGUUGGUUUUACUUUCUGUUUUUCUCCUCCUUUUUCCUCUUUUAUCUUUUCUUUAUAUUCCAUUCUUUCUAGUAGAUAUUAUUUAGAUACUAAGUGAGUUUAGAAUAUUUAAUUUGAAGGGAGUUGCUAAUUUUUAGGAAAAUAUAUAGAGUAUAGAAUUUAACUAAUUUGGUUUGAUGCAUUGUAGUCAGAGAUUUAUAUGUUAGUAGAAAGUAUAAUGAAGUUUUAGUACUUUUCCUUAUUAUUUUUAUUUUGGAUACUAUUGGCUUGAGGAUUCAGGCCUCAACUUGUUUGGGAUUGAAUUGUAGUUUGAGGCGUUUUAAUAUAGCGAAUUUGAAAAGUGGUGAAAAUGAGCGUGAGUAUGGCAGAGAAUGAAUCCACUUCAAAAAUCCAACUUCCUGCAGAUAUAAAUUGGGAAAUGCUUGAUAAAUCUAAGUUUUUUUUCUUAGGGGCUGCGCUAUUUUCUGGUGUCUCGGUCACACUGUAUCCGAUUGUAGUGUUGAAAACGCGGCAGCAAGUUAUGAGUAAGCAAAUUCCAUGUCUAAAAAUGGCAGUAUCCAUGUUGAGGAGUGAAGGGUACAGAGGAUUUUACAGAGGAUUUGGUACUUCCCUCACGGGGACUAUUCCUGCGCGCGCCCUAUAUAUGGGCGCGCUCGAAAUGACCAAAAGCAAUGUUGGAACUGUUACUAAUAAGUUGGGAUUGGCCGAGGCAUCUUCCUCGGCCAUUGCCAAUGCGGCUGCUGGUCUUAGCGCUGCAUUGGCUGCCCAAUUGGUGUGGACCCCAGUUGAUGUUGUGAGUCAGAGAUUAAUGGUCCAAGGAAGUGGAAAUUCUAGCUGUGGUGUUGUUGGAUUGAAGUAUUAUAAUGGUGGGAUCGACGCGUGUAGAAAGAUAAUUUGUAGUGAUGGUUUGAGGGGAUUGUAUAGAGGAUUUGGUAUUUCAAUACUGACUUAUGCACCUUCAAAUGCAGUUUGGUGGGGUUCAUACUCUAUUGCUCAUAGAGUGAUAUGGAGUUCAAUUGGCGGCUAUUUUUGCAAAAAAGACGAUGAGUGUGGUUAUACGCCAAAUGGGAAGGCAAUGGUGGCAGUUCAAGGGUUGAGUGCAGCAUUGGCUAGUGGAAUAUCUGCAUUAGUGACAAUGCCACUUGACACUGUGAAGACAAGAUUGCAAGUAUUAGAUGAUCAAGAAUGGUGUUGUAGUAGUAGUAACAGUAGGAGAAGACCAACAAUUUUACAGACAGUGAGGAAUUUAGUGAAGGAAGGUGGAUUAGGUGCUUCUUAUAGAGGAUUAGGUCCAAGAUGGACAUCAAUGUCUAUGUCUGCAAUAACUAUGAUCACUACUUAUGAGUUCCUCAAAAGGUUAUCCACCAAGAAUCAAGAGAGCUUUGUUUGAUGAAAUCUUGCAUACAAACAGUAAAGAUACUAAAGAGGGAAAGGGGACAUAUAUGUUCAAUCCUUUUGCAGCUUUCUUUUUUCUUAUCUUUUGACUAAAUUGUAUAUUAACACUCUGUAGAUUUUGUAGAAAAAAUGUAGCAAUAUUUAGUUAAUAUUAUUUUGCAUUUCAUGUUG